UGCCCUGGGAGGCUGCGGAGGCUGCAGGGGCCUUCGGCUUCGGACGCUGGGCGGGCGCUGACGGCUGCUCCAUGGCCCCCGCCGCCGCUCCGUCCUCCCUGGCCGUCAGGGCCUCAAGCCCAGCAGCCGCCCCCUCCUCGUACGGGGUCUUUUGCAAAGGACUCUCCCGCACCCUCCUCGCCUUCUUCGAGCUGGCCUGGCAGCUGCGCAUCAACUUCCCCUAUUUCUACGUCGCAGGCUCCGUGAUCCUGAACAUCCGCUUACAGGUACACAUAUAAAGCCGCGAGCAAGCUGAGGGGCUCCGGAGGCCACCAGGAUGGCGG